GAUCAGGCCUGCAUGUCGCCUACCACUCGGUCUCCUCCUCUCUGCCUUUCUCCCUCUGCCAUUGGUUAGCACGGGGCAGGCUCCGGGAUGAUGAUGCCUGGGAAGGGAGGUAAACUCGGAGCGCACGUCUCUCCCGCUGCGCACACACGCACAGCAAAAGUGAAGUGAAGAUGCUUCUGCCCUUUCCAUCAACAGUCCAGCCCGCAAACCAUCCACUUCUGCUGCUGCUUCUCCUCCUACCAGAGCGCCAAACUGUCCCUUUCCCUGGUUUAGAGGAGGAACCGGGCCAGCUCGGAGGAGGCGAGAGGAGGCACCAGGGACCCGGAGUCCGGCUCCUCUGUAGCGGAUCCGCGGAGAGCUACGCGUCGGUAUGAGUGCGCUGACUGAAGGACGUUACCUCUCCAUCCCGGGCCUCCUGCUCCUCGUUUACUGCACAGCAUCCGUGAUCUCCAAAGGCGCCACAGGUGACGCUCAGCCGGACGCCCUGCCCUCGGUGCAGGGCACCCUGCCGCACUUCAUCCAGGAGCCUGAGGACGCCUACAUCGUCAAAAGCAACCCGAUCAAGCUGCGCUGUCGAGCUGCACCCGCCUUACAGAUCUUCUUCAAAUGCAACGGGGAAUGGGUGCACCAGAACGAGCACUUUUCCCAGGAGUACAAAGACCUCAACACUGGGCUGAAGGUGCGUGAGGUGAUGAUCAAUGUGUCCCGCCAGCAGGUGGAGGACUUCCACGGCCCUGAGGACUACUGGUGUCUCUGUGUGGCCUGGAGCCACCUGGGCACCUCCAAGAGCCGGAAGGCGACGGUCCGCAUCGCCUACCUGAGGAAAAACUUUGAGCAGGACCCCCAGGGGAAGGAGGUGCCAAUCAACGGGAUGAUCGUUCUGCACUGUCGCCCUCCAGAGGGAGUUCCUGUGGCGGAGGUGGAAUGGCUGAAAAACGAGGAGCUGGUGAGCUCCCUGACUGACGACAACAUCGACACCCGAGCCGACCACAACCUGAUCAUCAACGAGGCGCGCCUGUCCGACUCGGGCAACUACACCUGCCUGGCCAGCAACAUCGUGGCCAAGAGACGCAGCGCCACGGCCACGGUGAUCGUGUUCGUGAACGGCGGCUGGUCUCUGUGGACGGAGUGGUCGCCCUGCAACGUGCCUUGUGGGCGUGGAGUCCAGAAGCGAUCUCGAACCUGUACCAACCCGGCGCCUCUGAACGGCGGGGCUUUCUGCGAGGGCAUGUCCGUCCAGAAGAUCACCUGCAAUGCACUCUGCCCAAUUGACGGAGGCUGGGACGAGUGGAGCGAGUGGACGGUGUGCAGCAGCCAGUGCGACCGGCAGCGGAGUCGGGAAUGUAACUCCCCAGCACCCAGACACAGAGGCAGGAUGUGUGAAGGGAACAGCGAGGCCUCAGAGAACUGCACAGAUGGACUGUGUACCCAGAAUCGAAAGCUGCUACAUGACGUUAAACCUCAAAGUAUGGACAGCUCCAAUGACGUGGCUCUGUACUCCGGCCUUGGAGCCGGCAUCAUCGCUGUGGCCAUCCUCGUGGUGGCCGUCAUGCUGUACAGGAAGAACCACAGCGAGUACGGCGUGGACGUCAUCGACUCCUCGGCUCUCACCGGGGGAUUCCAGUCCUUCAACUUCAAGACCACCAGACAAGGCAACCCGCUGCUGCUCAACUCGUCCAUGCAGCCGGACCUGACGGUGGGACGGACGUACAGCACCCCCCUCUGCUUCCAGGACGCCACAGACAAGGAGCUCUUCGACCCGCUUCCUGACAUCAAGGUCAAGGUUCAGAGCUCCUUCAUGGUUUCCCUGGGCGUGGCUGAGCGGGCAGAGUUCCACGCCAAAGGCCCCGCUGAGACCUUCCCCCGGGACCUGAGCCGGGACUACUGCAGCACCGUGGACAGGCGGAAGAAGGGCUUGCUCACCCUCAACGGGCCCUUCAGCUCCUGCAAAGAGCAGCUGAGGACCACCGGCGUUUUUGGACACCCUGGAGGGCGACUGGUUGUUCCAAACACAGGGGUCAGCCUGCUGGUGCCUCAUGGAGCCGUGGCUGAAAAUAUGUCCUGGGAGAUGUACAUGGUGAUCAAUCAGGGAGAGGCAAGUGUCCAAACACUGGAAGGCUGUGAGAUCCUCCUGGGCCCAGAGGUGACGUACGGUCCUCAAGGCUUGGACCUCUUCUGCCCAGUCGCCAUGACCAUCGCCCACUGUGCCGAGAUGGACGCCGAGAACUGGAACAUCCAGCUGAAGAGGAAAACCCAGGACAACAAAUGGGAGGAGGUGAUGUCGGUGGAGGAAGAGUCCACGUCGUGUUACUGCCUGAUGGACUCGAGCAGCUGCCACCUGCUGCUGGACCAGCCGGGCUCGUAUGCCCUGGUGGGCGAGCCGCUGACGCAGGCCGCCGUCAAGAGGCUGAAGCUGGCCGUGUUUGGGAGCAUGGAGGCUGGCUGUAUGAGCUACAGCCUGCGGGUGUACUGUGUGGACGACACGCCACACGCCUUUCAGGGAGUGGUGGCAGCAGAGAGGACCAGAGGGGGUCAGCUCCUGGAGGAGCCAAAGAUGUUGCCUUUCCGAGCGAACACCUUCAGCCUGCAGGUGUCCAUCCAGGAUGUUCCUCAGUUCCUGUGGAGCAUCAAACCCUUUACCACAUGUCAGGAAUUCUCCUUCCCCCAAGUGUGGUGCAGCAACCAGCAGCCCCUGCACUGUGCCUUCUCUCUGGAGAGAUUCAGCCCCGCCGCCGCCCAGCUCUCCUGCAAGAUCAGCGUUCGUCAGGUCAAAGGCCACGAGCAGAUUCUGCAGGUCUACACGGCCGUGGCCGAGACUGAAAAGGAAGCAGUUCCAUUUUUUAUGCAGACCGACUGCACCAUCACGUCCCAGACGGGGUCCAAGGCCUUCAAAAUCCCCCUGUCCAUCCGCCAGAGGAUCUGUGCCACCUUCGACACUGCCAACGCCAAGGGCAAGGACUGGCAGCUCUUAGCCCAGAAACUCCACUUAGAUCGAAACCUGGGCUACUUUGCAAAGCAGCAGAGUCCGUCUGCGGUCAUCCUGAGCCUGUGGGAGGCUCGCCACCAGGACUCUGCUGACCUGGACUCUCUAGCCAGCGCCCUGGAGGAGAUCGGAAAGAUCCACUCCAGAAGCUCCCCUAAGGACCAGGAUGAGCUGGAGACUGACUUCAAUCACUUAGAAGCGGGCAGUCUGAGCGGUCAGACGACAGAGGACUCAGCUCCUGAAUAUACCGGCUGAGAGGAGACGCAGCGAGCCAGCACUGACAGACUGAAGCUUAUAUCUGUGAACGUGCACAGCCUGUGAUGGACAACACACUGCGGCGGUGCGCUAGAAGGUCAGCAGGUUGUCGGUGAGUAGACGGUGCCGGCGGUCAACGUGCCGACCAAUCAGAGCAGCUGGAGGUGAGCCGGCGCCUGCUGUGGAUCUGCCCUGUCUUUAAGAAUCUGUCUGAAGAUGGACUGUAAAUCUGUUUCUGCCUUUUCUCUCAGUUCUUCAGUUAUUUUAACUUAUUCCUUUCUUCUUCUUUCUUUAUGUUGAUGUACAUUCAUUCCCUUCUGUGUCAGAUAGUUUAUGAAACUGUGUUAGAAGACGAGGGAGUUCUUUCCCCACCGUCUCCCCUCCUUCCCCAGCGGUCCACUCAGUAGCUCCCUCUCCUCCCCGUCUCUAAGAAUGGAUGCAGACCUAAAAGAUGCUUUUUUGAUGUCCAAUAUAAUAUUUUCAAAGGGAAGCUACUGGUUGCUUAAAUGUUGUGAUUGUGACUUUAUCAAAUCCAGGUAUCCCAAAACUGACCCAUUUUCAUCUCUGAAGAAAAUAAAUUUACAGGAGGUUUGGCACUUUGUGAUCAUUUAGACAAAAAAUAUCUGCAAAACACCCGUCAUCAGCCCGUCUGGCUGUGAAGGACCGCUCAGCACACACAUUAUUGGAGAGAACUGGCCUCAUGUGGCAGAGAGAGAUUUCAAACCGUCACAUUUCUCUUCAUUCCAGCUUCCUCCAUCGCCUGAUAGACACAGGAAGCUGUAAAACAUCAUUUCCUGUCACUGCAGGGAGCGUCUUAUCACCCAUUUCCUGCCAUUAACACCCGUCACAGAGACUUCAUAUCAGCCCCCGACACACUCAACGGCUCCACCAACACACACAUGCACACGCACACGACAUGUCUCUGCAGAGGUCACGUCUGCGUGCAAACUGUUCAACAAACAACACGGGGAUCCUGAUGGUGUCUGAAAUCCAACACAGUCACACAUCAUCUGAGGGAAGCAGCAGUUUGCUUCAGUCUGCCUGAGUUUUUACUGAAAUAAUGUAGAACAACAAACUUCAUUUAGUCGGAGGAAUUCCUUCUACAGCAUCAACAGUUCUACGUUGUUCCAACUCAUAUUUUAACGUUAUUUAAGAGACAUUUUGAAGCAUUAUGUGCGUAAUUAUCACUGCUAUCAACUCGAGUUUUUAAGGUGGCAAACAUUAAAAAAUAAAUCACUCCAAUUAGACCUCCUCAGUAGUUUAUGGCUUUUUGUUUCUUUGUUCAUGCAGUAGAUUUCAAAUGAUCCAGUCCUUCAACAACAAAAGGUUUUCUGAUAACUUCUACAUCUGAGCUGCAGCUGUGAGUUUGAACGCUUAAUAAAUCAAUCCUGAAAACAACAAAUCUGAGUUUAAAUGACACUCAACGUCACGUUGAUGCAGUUACUGAUGUUCUGUCAAUCCAACCACCAGAUGAUGUUUGAGGCUUAAAUGGUUUUAAUGAAGGGGUGGGAAUAGGUCCCUGACUUAUUCUGUAGAGUGUGCUGCAGAGAUUGAAUCAUAAUUCCAGUAACCUUGAAGGUACAUAAACCAUUCACCUCCCUCUCAUCUAGCAGCCGGAGCUUUAGACAGUGUUUGGUGGACGUUAUUGUCAGUAAGGUGUGAGUGUAAUUUGAAUUUUAUUACACAUAAUUCUCAUUAGAAGUCAAAGAAAAGCCUUCAGCACUCACACUGCAGAAACCCCGGCUGGUCUUCACUUCACCACAGAGCUGCAUGCUGGGUGAAGAAAGUCAGACUAUGAAGGUUUUGAAACGUGUCGUUAACAUUUCUGCCUCCAAUGAGGCAAAUGAAAGGCCUUUUGUGGCGUUGAAUGAAAACUACAGAAAGCCUCAAUAAUUUGCAUUCAAACACAGGAGAGCUAGUCAGAGCUGGAGAGGGCAGGGAUGGAAUCAGAACGGGUUCAUCACAAAGUUUUGCCCUUGUUCUUAUAGAUUCCUUUUUGUCAGUGUAACGGGCACGUUAAAGGAUACCCGGGUAUAAACUGGACUAGGGGGCUGAAACAGCCCAGAAUAUACCCUUCCAGGCUAAAAUGCAUCCCCUGUAAUAUGAUAUUACAUCAAUCAAAUAUAUUUUUAUCUUAAUUUAAGCACAAAUCACUGAAGUAGAUCAACCUUUUUAUGACGUAUGAUGCUGAUGUAACGGUUUACUAAUGGAGCAUAACUCAAGCCAAUUUAAGCACAACACAAACGUAAUAUAAACACAUAUUAUAAUGAAAUCAGACAGUAAUGACUGAAAUGAAUAGCAGUGUUGAUCUUCUCUGAUUAAGUUUUGCUUAAAGCACCAUUUUAUGUUCGUCUGUAAUUCAGUUUUGCUUUGAUGUGAACUCAGCUUAAGACCAUUCUGUUCUUUCAUAAGGAUUUGUUUCCUCUCUGUAAAAACCUGAAUAACUCAACAGUUCAGACUUUAACAUGCUUAGUUUGGACAGUUUAUACCUGUGGACAGGUUAAUCUUAGGGUUUACGUUCCACCGGCGUGUCUCACUGACAUCCAACUCAGGUUUCUGCUGCUUGAAACCAGAAACUGGAAGGAGUCAUAGCAGAGAGGAAGAAAUAGUCUAAAACGGGGCUGCAGCUCAUGGAGAAAUAGGACAGCAGUGCUAACUGUAAUAUCAGUAAAAUGUCCAUUUAAAGGAGCACCAGACCUGACCUUAAACUCCUCAGACACUCCCCACACAGGCUCACAUUCCAGGUGUUCCAGGUGUUGGACUCUGAACUCACCCACAUUCAGACCUAACAGGUUCUAUGAGAAAACAUCAAUGAAAUGAGUGCUGUACACCUGUUUUCUCAUUUAGUCCACUGUAGAUGGUGGAAGGCUUUUUUAUACGUGUCUCUGUGGAUACAGCCAGCUCUACAGUAAUCCUUUACUUGAGGGACAGAAAACGAUGAAGAAGAAAGGCUGAAUGAGUGGUAAAGGACUGUAGUUUUAGCAGGAACCUUUACACGUCAGUUAUUACUUGAUUAAGGCAGAGACACACUGCAGCUUCUUGUGAACAUUGUCUGUUCUGAUCUUUAGUCCUACCUGCAGUAGACCAGUGUUACCUGGAGGCCUCCAGUCAUUUGGAAUAAUUACUAAGGUUGUCUGUGAUUUUUAAUCUGCCAUGUCCAUGAUUAGUUUGUUUUCUCAGCACCUUUGUUCUGCCUCUUUCCCGAUUGAUUACUGUGGAAGCUAAAUUGGCAAUUCUAAAUAAAUGUUUGGACAGUUUUUUGGGUUCACAUUCAGAGGAGACACAUGUCAAAGCAUGGAGAGCUACUGGUGGAGAGCUACUGGUGGAGAGCUACUGGUGGAGAGCUACUGGUGGAGAGCUACUGGUGGAGAGCGACUGGUGGAGAGCUACUGGUGGAGAGCUACUGGUGGAGAGCUACUGGUGGAGAGCUACUGGUGGAGAGCUACUGGUGGAGAGCGACUGGUGGAGAGCUACUGGUGGAGAGCUACUGGUGGAGAGCUACUGGUGGAGAGCUACUGGUGGAGAGCUACUGGUGGGAAGCUCAGAUCAGACAGAAGGGGACACCUCUAUGGGUGAUUAAAAGGAUGACCAGGAACAUGUUGCUGUGGCUCAACUCUUGCUGUUUCAUACCUGUUGGCUAGUCAGUAAAAUUUAGCAAAACUUGAGACGUCAUGAAGCACAGACAUGGGGAUCAUUUCCACAGGUCACACCAGUACUACUUAUUUUAUAGAGGUUCCAUGGAUCAGCCAAAGCACGGUGUAGGUCCUCCUCAUGUUACCACAGAAGCUCUGACCUGUCAGACGGUAGAAGAAGAACCUGUGGUGGUUCCAGGAUGUUGGGUCUUGUGGGUAGUGGGGAGGGUCUCUGUGGAUCAGGUUUGUUCUGACAUCCUGUGGAUCCUUGAUCAGGGGGAGCGGUUGAUAUCUAUCUGACACCAAGUAAAAACAGGGCUAGCAUCACCGAUACUCCAGACUAACUUUAUCAGCAGACACUGGCACCACAGAUGUUAUCGGUUCGUAGCUCCUACCUGGUUAAACACCUCCUAGCUGAACAUUUGCUGAUCACAGACACUAAAUUUACUGAUGUUCCCUAAAUGUCUCACAGUGCAGACUGAUGCUGCUCAGACUGGUUUGAGAGCAGCCAUGACUUUAAAAAUAGUGGUAUGAAGUGUUCUUCUUUCAGAUUAGUCCAAGAUGAAAGCGAUGGAUUUUAUUCAUGUCUUGUUUUCUAUGAGUGGAGGAAACAGCGCAUGUGACGUCUUCUAAGAGUCCAGUUUAAAGUUUAAAGACCGAAGUCAAUCAUUUUUUUUGAAAGAACAGAAGGUAAAUUUGUGAUUGUGAUUAGUUAUUAUUUCAUUCUGUGGCCCUGAUCCAGCACUAGUCUUUGUGAUUGUCUCUGGUUCGGUCUGAUCAUCAGCUGGAUCUCAGUGGGACUUCUUCUUCUCUGCCUCUUUUUUCCUCGGUGUUGGUUGAGGAACGUCCAGCAGCUAAACAUCUCGUUCUACACAUCAGGAACAGACUGACAGAGACAGAAGAAAGUAAACUAUCCUUUGAUGUAUGAUGUAGCUGCUGAGUCACAUGACGGUAGAACAUCCAAUCACAAGAGGAGGAUUAGCAAAGUGCUGCUCUGUGAUUGGAGGAGCUCUGACAGCCAAUCAGGUCGACUCUUAGAUGAAACCACAGCAGUUCAGACAAACAGGACAGAAAGUGAACCUAAAGUGUGGAUCUCACUGCAUCGUUCAACAUCAGUAGGAUCCAUACGAUCAAUAUCUGGAUCGAUCCGUCCACCUCUACUGUCUGGGUUGUUGUGUCACCGCUGUGGGAUCUCUGAGGCGUUCCUCCAGUCAUUUCUGACCAGGAGUUUGUAGUGAUCAAGAUGUUUCUUCCUGCUGAUGCAGUCUGCUGGUGUUGGAGAGGGCAGUGAUCGGUCUACAGCAGUGUUUGGGUAACGCCCACAUGGAUGCAGGACGCUGUAGCGAUCAAGGUUGCAUCACCUGUGGCUGAUCUGAAUAUUGCGGCUCAUGGGUGUGAAGAGGUAGCCUAGGCGCGCUAGACAACCCACGGCAACGAAUUUAAUUCUCUGCCAGGGUGGGUCUAGUUACCCUCCAUAAGGCUCGAGGCUGGAUUCUCCUAAAACUGGCCGGACCAAUCACCAUGAAGUGUAGAGUCAGAAGGCGGGCGUAACGAAGUGACGACAGAGGCGUGACAAUUCUGACAGAAACAACCGGCGCACAAUAAACAGUUAUCUUUGGACUCGGCUUUGGCCACAGCCCUUAAAGAUUUGAAGCUAAAAUUCAACUUGAAAGAUAAACAAAGGACGGCACUUAAGUGUUUCAUUGAGAAGAAAGACGUAUUUGGACGUAUUUGGAUGUAUGCCGACGGGAUAUGGAAAAUCCUUAAUAUACCAGUUGGCUCCACUGGUUGGGAAGCUAAUGGGACUUAGCCACAAUCCGCCGGUGCUCUCGGAACUACGUCAGCCUAUUCGUUGCGUUGAUUGGUUGUAUACCUACCCAAUUGCUGCAGAGGGAUUUGAUAGACAACCUUUUAGCCCGCCUCCCUCCCUGUCGAGCGUUCCUAGACCCUUGUGCCGUCAGAAACAUGGAUCUAGCAUGGCUAGGCUAGUGAAGAGGUGGACAUGUCUGAGUUUUAUACAAACCAGUCACACCUCUGCAGCUUCAUUCUAAGGUGCUGGGUGGCGUUCUGUUCAGUCCUUUUGCAGUGUUUCCCCUCCCAUAUAACCGACGAGGCGGGCCGCCUCGCUGGUAUAGGCCAGCGCCUCAUUAAAAUUCUGCCGACAUUGCCGCCUCACUGGUCCGCAGCAAAAAAAAAAAAAGUGCAGCGCAAAACCUGCCAGACCGACGCGGGGGGGUGCGCGGCUGUGGCGGAGACGGCCCGAUAGUAUGUAUAAUCCCCCACCCCCACCCCACCAACAAUGAACUCAGACCUCCAGAGUUUCAUCCAGAACAAACCUGAGGAAGCGUCCUUUUACUGCAGAGUGUGACUCUCUUUCUUCUUCCUCAGAUCAGUUCCAGUCUCAAACCUUUAUGGCUCCAUUAUUAAACCUUUGUGUCGUGUGCAGUAGUUUUACAGAGUUUGGGUGAGCUGGUGUGAUCGAGCUGCACAGAGGGGCAGAGACUUCAUAGAGCCACACUUUCUAGAGCAGGGAUGUCAAACUCAUCUUAGUCCAGAUUCUACAUUCAGACCAAUUAUAACUCCAGUGGACCAGACCAGUAAAACCAGAGCAUGAUAACCUGUAAAUAACCACAACUCCUGAUGGUUCCUUUGUUUCAGUGCAUUCUGAAAAUGUUCACAUUUAAGGACUUUUACAUCUUUUUACAAAACAUCAUGAACAACCUGAACUUUCUGAAGAAAAAUAAAUUCCAUCAGCAUUCAUCCUCAGUUUAUCAUUUCCACAUUACAACUUCCAGAUCACAGAGUGUCUACAAAGGAACACAACAUUUAGUCACCUGGAGCUGAACCAUGGAGGAUUUACUGGAGGGUCAGAACAACUUGUCAAGAUCUACAAAUCAAUUUAAACUUAUAGUUAAUGUCUUCUCUGUAAUUUUUACACUUUGAGGGCCGGAUUGGACCCUCUGGAGGACCACUUUUGGACCACGGGCCUCAUGUUGGACACCCCUGCUCUAGAGGAAACAACUAAAUAGAGCUACAGCUGAGAUAUUUAAGGCAGGAAGGGAUUUAUUAGACCAGAAGAAAUUCUCCAACAUGUGACUUUAAAACACACUGAUAAAGAAGAAGCCAUUAUUACUGGCUGUAAUGUUUUUUUAAUGACUACAGACUGUCCUCCAGUCCACCCACAGAAACACAACACAGAAAUUAACUAAUUUUAAUGGUGCAGAAUGAAUAAAAAACAGUGCAAAGCUCUGCACAGACAUAAAUGAGGGCCUGUUUCCAUCCAGUGCUGCUGUGUGAAUGUUUGGAUCUGGUUUGAUUCUCUAAUCAGUGCACGACGCCACAUGAACGAGAUCCAGAUAAACCACUAAGACAAGAAAAAGAUGCUCAGAGCAUGAUGGGAAUAUGUCAUUUAUUCCAUGCUUUACUUUAAGGUUCAUUCAGAUCUGAUGUUUUCAUACAUUCUCCAUCGAGUCACAGCUUUCACUUAUAAAUCCUCAACAUGUAGCUCUUUCUCAAUCCCAUAAUACCUCACAGCAUGGAGAUAGUCAUAACUGCACAUUAUCAGGAGAUAAGUGGAGACAUUCAGUCUGAGGAAGCUGGACCUGAAGGUGUUUCUGCUUUUACACCCUCCCUGUUCGGUUGUAGCUCCCAUCCAUCCUCUGCUUCAUCCACACCAGUCUCACCCACCUCUGCUGUACUAGAAGUUAAAGCAGGGAAGUAGAAAGAACACUGUUGGACACAAUAAGAACACCAGUAAAAGAUCUGCAUCAUGAACCCUGCUGUACGGUAAAUAAACUCAGCCUACAACUCUUAUUUCUGGUCUUCUGUUGGCUGUUUUUUAUGAGAGAGAGAUAAAUGUGUUUUCAGCGUUCCUCGGUGGUACAUCAGGAAUCACAGUGACACUGAAUCCACCCCAGAGUAUUUCUGACCUGAUACUGUAUCUGUGAACUUCAUCCUGCCACGAUAAUGAACUGUUUUUACUUUUCUGCAUCGUCUCUAUGCAUUUCUAAACUAAUUAAAACUCAUCUUUGGUGUGAUUAAAGCUGGUAAGUGAAGACUGUGAACGGGAAUCUUUCUUUUUUUUCUCCUUAAUUGUGACUAACUGGACUUUUCUUUUCCUUAUUGCAAGCAAAGAGUGUGAAAAUGGAACUGUGAGCUUCUGUAAUGCUUAGCGGUGGCUUCUGUUGCAUCCACAGCAUCCUGUCUGUGUGCUUCACCCUCACUCACCUCCAUCCUGGAUGUGUUCAGCUCUGACUGCUCCAUCCCAUCAGCGUGUUCACAUCAAGUUCUUUUAAUAGUGAGCUCUCACACACUCUCACUAUGUGUGAUGCUUGGUGUCAGACUGACCCUGGUUCACUGUGGACCUCCUGUCCCUGCGUUGGUCGGCCUCAUGCUCUUUCUGCUUCACGCAUGGCCUUGGGCUUCACAUCACUAUUCUUGUGCCUUGUUUAACUACUGUAAAUGGUGAAUGUUGUAAAGUACAGAUGGGGAUGAAAAAAAGAACAAUUAAUCAUACUGACAUACAUUUAAAGGUAUUAGUUGAAAAAGUAUUUAAGAUUAUAAUAUUGAAUAGGCUGCAGAGCUUUUCUAGUGCUGAACAUCUCUGUUUGGUAACGCCAGGGCAGCUUUGUGGUAUAUUGUAUCUAUAAUUAUGGACAUUUUGGAUGUUUUCUGUACAGUAGAAUUUGCAAAUGUAUAUGCAGCCUUUUGGAAAUAAAUGUACAGUUGAAAGAUCA